GCGAGCUGGUGUGGCGGAGCGCGGACGGAGAGGGAGCGGUGCGCGCGCGUGUUAGAGCGGGAACCCACGCCGACUGACGAGUGUCGACUCGUGUACGUGCGUGUGUGUGUGCGUGCGUGCGUGUGCGUGCAGGGCCGCGUGCGCUCCGUGUGUGCGGGUGUGUGUGUUGUGCAGGGCCAGCUGUGCGCGCCGGGCUAUUGGAUACCCUCCGCCGGAUACGUCACCCGCAGCGCGCUGCGGCGCGGCGGUGUCCUGUCCAGCCAUGCGGUCGGCGUGAGUCAGCAUGAGCGGGCCGCGGGCCGGCGCCGCGGGCGUGGCGGCGAGCCGCCUGCUGCAGGGCCUGCUGCUGGUCGCCGCCCUCGGCGGGCUAUGGCCCGGCGGCGGCCCGGGGACAGCGGCGGCCCGGAAGGACCACUGCAACAAGACGGUGGACGUGUACGAGGACGUGGCCACGCCGGAAGUGACGGCGCAGAACUUCGGCAAGCCCAUGACGUGCUCGUACCGCUUCCGGUCGCUGCGGACGGCCACGCGCCGCGACGGCAUCCUGCGCAUCCGCUUCAAGAAGUUCAAGGUCGGCACCCUGGUCAACGCGAGCACCUGCGUGGGCGGCUACAUGCAGAUCAUCGACGGCAACGCCAAGUCGGACCUGAGCAACCGGAAGGAGCCCGGCGAGUUCUGCGGCGAGUCGGAGCAGCCGCAGACGUUCAUCUCGGAGACGAGCUUCGUGCGCCUGCUGUUCCACACCGACAACUUCACGGACCAGACGUACCUCAGCUUCGACAGCCGCGCCGAGGAGGCGUUCGAGGUGUACCUGCGCUACGGCCAGCACCCGGAGCUGUACCCCAACCGGCGGGGGCAGGUGCUCGCAGGGACCUACUGCGAGCGGGUGUUCCGGGACUGCAAGCUGCAGACGUGCUACGUGCAGAGCCCCGCCUACCCAGGCGUGUACCCGCGCCACCUGCACUGCCGCUACCAGCUCAACACGCGCCUGCCCUUCAUCAAGCUCUACAUCGAGAACGAGGAGUUCAACAUCGACGGCCACCGCUGCGAGAACAUCAUGACCUGCCCCAUGAGGCCCAUCUCCUCAGGUUCCCAGAACUGCCCGUACGACUACAUCCGGAUAUACGACGGCAAGAACGAGACGGCGCCGGUGAUCGGCACAUUCUGCGGGAUGGGCAAGUUCCCCUACUCCAUCAUCGGCACCGGCGAGGACCUGUUCGUCGAGUUCGUGACCUCGCCAGCAGGCCCGCUGCUCAACACGGGCUUCCACUUCAACGUGGGCAACUGGCCCGGGCACGUGGAGCCGGCCGGUGAGCGGUCGGGCGCGUGCGACUGGAAGCUCACCAGCCGGGCGCUGUCCAAGUCGGGCGACUCGGAGGGCAUCUUCCUGUCGGUGGCGCACUGGUACCCGCCGCACACGUCGUGCACCUACCUCAUCCAGGGCGAGCCCAACCAGAUCGUGCGCCUGUACUUCCCGAGCUUCCGCAUCAACCGCAUCGAGUCGCCCAUCGAGCCGUGGCAGGGUGACUGCGGUGAGUCGCUCACGCUGUACGACGCGUCCUGGCCCGACGACUCGCGCAUCAUCAAGACCUUCUGCGACACGUUCAGCCGGGCCAUGGAGAAGCACGACUUCGUGUCCACUGGGAACGCGCUGUUCGUGCGCUUCGAGUCCAAGACGGGGAGCUACUCAGGGUCCUCUCUCUACUACUGGGCGCACUACGACUUCUUCAACAACACGCACUUCGGCGAGCCCGUGUCGGGCACGACGUGCGACGAGACAUUCUGGUCGUGGCGCUCGCGCUCGGGCGUGCUGCGCUCGCCGCUCAACACGCUCAUCUACAAGCAGGGCGCCACCACCACCGCCCCCGAGCGCUCGUCCACCGCGGCGGGCGCGCUCGUCAUGGCCGCCCGGGCCGUGGCCGUGCAGCAGGCCGCCGACCAGCAGCUGGCGGCCGCCCUGCCGCCCAAGGACGUCAAGUGCACGUACCGCUUCGUGACGGACAAGCGGCUGUACGCCCGGGUCAUCCUUAACAUCCACUCCAUCAACUUCAAGAGCCCGCCGUACAGCUCGGCGACUUGUGGGGAGUGCUGGUCCGACAGGGUGGACAAGUUGCUCGCCUGGGAGCCGCAGCCCAACGCCACCGGCCCCUCGGAGCCGCCCACCAACAGCAGUGGAGGGGCGGUGUGCAUCUGCAAGAACAACGCGUACGGUGCAAUAAUGGGGGGCAUCGGGCCGCUGCGCAUGGUGUCGCAGGGCGAGGAGCUGGCGCUGCAGCUCAUCGUGGACGGCGCGGGCGCCACCUCGUCGUACUUCAAGCACCCGGGCCCGCUGUUCGAGGCCCAGUACCAGUUCAUCCACGGCCCGCUGUGCGGCCCCACGCUGCACCGGGCCUCCGAGGAGGGCGACUUCCUGUUCCCGCACCUGGAGGCGCUGGGGUACGCGGAGCCGCCCCGAGACAUCCACUGCAUCUGGGAGCUGCAGGUGCACCGCGGCCGCGACCUCUGGCUGCACUUCGAGAAGGUCAAGUUUCCGUCGCGCAACUGCUCCGACGGCAAGAUCGAGGCGUACCUGCCCGGCAGGGUCCAGCCUUUCCUCACGGUGUGCGGCGAGAACGAGACUGCGCUCCGCACGCUGCCCAUACUCAGCUCCAAGGAGCUCAACGUGUCGCCGGAGCACGAGCCCUCCGUCACCAUCCACUUCACCGCGGCCACCACGCCCGCGCGGACCGCCUUCAAGAUCGAGUGGACGCAGCUGCACCAUCUGCCGAGAAACUCGGACGGCAUCCUCAUGACGUCCAAGCUGGUGGAGCAGCGGCAGGAGCCGCAGCAGGCGCAGCAGGCGCAGCAGGCGCAGCAGGCGCAACAGCAAGACCAGGGUGGUGCCGCAGUGGCGCGGCCCGACCCGGACCAAGACGAUUAUGACGACGAUGAGGAUGACGAGGAGCCCCUGCCGCCCUCGACGCCUGCCCCGACGCCGGAGCCGGAGCCGGACUCGUGCGGCUUCCUUUGCCCCGGCGACUCCGGAUUGUGCAUCGCGGCUAGCUUGGUGUGCAACGGCGUGGUGAACUGUCCCAACGUGACGGCGCUCGAGUCGGCCGCGGCUGGCCUGGACGUCGCGGACCUGCCGUCGCUGCCCCCGGGCGCGUUCGGCGCGGGGGCGGGCGGCGACGAGGACCCCGAGACGUGCGCGCGCCCGGCCUCGGCCGCGCUCUCCAUGGCGGCCUUCGUGUGCGGCGUGGCGGCGGGCGCCGCGCUGGCGCUCGUGUGCGGCGGGCUGGCGUGCUGGGCGUGCCGGUCCUGCAAGCGCGACCCGCUCGACGACAUCGGCUCCGUGCCCUUCUAGCCCCACGCCCGCGGCCACGCCGCCGCCUCCACGUCGUUUGGGCUCGGACACCCGGGCUGCAGCUGCGGCAGCUGUCCGCAGCAGCUGUGAGGCGUGCACGUGUGCCGCGGAGCGUGGCCCGCCCGCGCCGGCCAGCGCGCCCGUGCAGGACAGUACCGGCGCGGCGGCGCGGCCAGGCCCAGGGCGCGCGGACGCCGGUUUAACUGGGCCUGGGCCGGUCAGCGACCUCGCGCUGCGCCGCGCCGCGCCGUGCCCGGCGCCGCGUACGAUUCGACCGCACCUCGGGGCCCGUGCGCUAACUGGGGCCAGGGGAUCGGGGGCGGCGGCGUCGCCGCGCAAGUUGGACAGAGACAGGAGUGUGAGUGUGAGCGUGUUGUUUGAAGCAGCGAGUAAGAGUGCGCCUCUGUGCGCAACUUGUUAACACUGCGGGCCUGCGACAGGCCCGAUGUGGCGUAGGUCAGGGUGUCGUGACUGCGAGAAGACAAAAUGCCAGUGGGCGAGGCGUCGCGAAGAGUGGCGAUGACGCCUCGCGACCAGGACGUGGUGCAGUUGUACUGCGUGUUUUUAUUAUUUUUGUGUGAAAAAGAGAGUGAGGGAAAGCGGUGGUCAAAGCGUUUACGAUAGGAGAACUUAUUUUUGUACUCGUCAAUGUUUUUCCCUCUCACCUUGUCUUAUAGGUGUCUAUCUCCUGGUGAGGUAACACUCUUCAUUGGUUUUGUACAGUUAUGUGACUAUAUUUAAAUGUUAGGACCAGUCUGGUCCUUAUUGUAAACUGCUCCCUGUGUACCAUCUUCCUCCCUUUCCUCUCCUAUAUCAAGAUGAUUAUGACUUGGGGCAGGAUUUCUUAAUGUUGUGAUUGAAUCCUAUUUAUUUUAAAUAUGUUUUGUUUUUUUAAACAAAUAUACGAGACAUUAAGAAAAUUGCAUUUUAUUUUUCUGGGUUACAUUUUUUAAAUAAGUUCUUCCAUUCAGGAAUAAGUCUGAUACCUGAUUGUGUCAUUAAGAUAAGAUUUAGCCAUAUUUCCGACGAUCAGUCAUCUGUUUUGCUUUCUGAUGAUUGACAAUUCAUGUUGCUUAUAAUUGUAUUUUUUUUUAUGUUGAAUGUUAGAGCGCUGAUCCAUCCUACCUUGGUGACUGUGUUCAAUGUAAUGCUACAAUUACUUUUGGACACCAAAUUUGUGGUUUAAUGGGACUGUGCAAAGACCAGAUAACGCUCUGGCUAUUUUCUCUUAAUUGAGACAAAUACAGCGCGGGAUACUUGCCUAUUUAUUGUUAUAACUAGGCCGCAUCGGGUGAUCAAUUUUAGUGUUGUUUUAUUUAUUGAGAGACAAAGUGUGCGCGCGUGUGAGUACGAAUGCUUUUGUAUGUGUGCGAACAGAGUAUGUGUUAAUUUUAAAUACGAAUUAAAUGCUGGGUUUUCAAUAA